AAUAUGCGGCAUAUUUUUUAUUCAACUGCACAGAUAAUUUGUGUGUGAAUUCUACUGGGUAUAACAUGAUGAUGAUGUAUUAUUGUCGCUUUAUAUGUAUGAUAACAUCCUCGUUAGCCUAUCUAACAUUACUGUAGAUAUUGUUUGACUUUUUAUGUAUUGUGUUGUACUGCUUACAGGUGUAUACUGUACUGUGCCGUAUGCAGGUCCUUUGAUUGCGCGGUAUACAGAUUGUGAUAGCGAUCGUGUUAGGGGCAAUUCGAUUCGUUUAACGCUGGCGCUAUUUUAUUCUAUUCAUCUCCAUCGUUGCUUAAAUUCGGCGUUUGUUGUGACUGCGUGAGAACGGGCACAAUUUUCCGCAUUAGAAAUUGUCAGAAAAAUUAACGGUUAAAAAUCCUUAAUCAUCACAGCCGGUGCCGACAAUGUCGAUAAGCUACCUCGGCACCGAUGAUUAUUAGUGGUUAAUGUCAGGUCAUGCUCAUCAGAUUCGACGAUAUCCUACUGUCCAAAUGAUUGUCAUUGUAGCAGAGUGACGGCAAACUUUGCCCCACGAAGAGUUUACUGUCAAUCUGUUCAAAAAAGAGCAGUUUUUCCAACUUCGCUCUUCCUGAUACUAAGAAAUGUUAAAUCUUUACCAUCUAAAUGCUUAUCUUUUCCGGUCGGUAUUAUUUAUAUGGAUCAGUUUAAUUGUUACUCCCGUUUUCGGUACCAAUCGGUAUUAUGGAACAUAUCUUUCAUACGGAUCUGGGGAUACGAUAAUACAAACUUUCCAUGCGCAUUCGGGAAAAGAAGCUCCAGAUCGAAAGUGGCAUGUGGAAUGUCUUGAUGGAGAAGCUAUUGUCGGAAUACAAGAUUGGGUCAAUGACUUUCAGAAAAUUGAAGCCGUUUGGUGCAAAUUUAUGUUUCCAUACAAACCGCCCACAAACGGAAUGUACCCUUAUUAUCCUAUAUGCUUCCUCAGAAAUUACACGUCCCAAUUUUUUUGCUUCAAUCCUCAGCACAUUCAACUCAGUGUGAAUUCGUUUAUUACAGGAUUCUGGGACAACGAAUUGCAGUUUCUGGUGUUCCGAAAGGGAUUGGAUGAUAGUCAGUUGUAUAAAUGCUGCAGAGUGCCACCGGGAUAUUAUAUUGAUUACACCAGUUGCUACUACAUGCCAACGCAUGACCAGUACUGGGAAUACUACGAUUCUUUACAACAUAUCAUUGUCUACUGCGCUAGCGGCUAUGUUAUGACGGGUUUAUCGAAGAAGAUCAACCCAUACGAUGCUGAGUGGCAUAUAGAAUGGAUACAGUGCUGCCGAAUUGGGUUUGGUGGAGCUGGUAGAAUUCCCCCGCCAACACGUAUUCAGCGCUCGGUAGACGCGGAAGACGAAGAUAUCGAUCUUUAUCAGGACGCGCUAGCUUCACUUCAGAUUCCAAAGAACUAUUCUGCUUUUUUCCGGCAACCCACCAGUAAACUGCUAACUGAAUCGAACAGAUUUGACGGUUUUAGCACAUCGGCACCUGUUAUUUUGUAAAAUGUUAACGUUUUUGUUCGACUGCUUGUUCCUACAUUUUGUUAAUUCUGUAGUGUACGUGCUUCUAGUACAUUUUAUUUCGAAAUGUGUGAAUUCGUAAUGGACUAUGAUACCUACCCUACUAUUUGUUCAUAUUUUUCGUAUUUUUAUGGGUAUCAGAAGCUCAGAAU